UAUUUAACAUACUCAAAAUGAGGAGUCGUAGUAAUUCCGGUGUUCGUUUGGAUUAUUAUCAGCGAAUAGUUCACAAUAUUAUUAUGAACCAUCAAAAUGCAGUCACAGGUCUUUUCCCUGCAAGUCCUGAGAAUGAUCACGCCUGGGUACGUGAUAAUGUGUAUUGUAUUCUUGCUGUAUGGGGCCUUUCAAUGGCAUAUAAAAAAAUAGCCGAUGCAGAUGAAGAUAGAGCAAAAACAUAUGAAUUAGAACAAAGCUGUGUGAAAUUAAUGAGGGGUCUGUUAAUGGCAAUGAUGCAACAAAAAGAAAAGGUAGAAAAGUUUAAAUCCAGUCAAAACCCACAUGAUGCUUUACAUGCCAAAUAUAGUUCUGUCAAUGGACAAACCGUUGUGGGAGACACAGAAUGGGGACAUCUUCAAAUAGAUGCCAUUUCUCUUUAUCUACUUAUAUUAGCACAAAUGACAGCAUCUGGAUUACAAAUUGUUUUCAAUUUGGAUGAGGUAGCAUUUAUCCAAAAUUUAGUAUUUUAUAUUGAGUCAGCUUAUUGCACACCUGAUUAUGGUAUUUGGGAAAGAGGUGAUAAAACAAAUCAUGGUUUACCUGAGCUAAAUGCCAGCAGUAUUGGAAUGGCUAAAGCAGCAAUGGAAGCAAUGAAUGAACUGGAUUUGUUCGGAGCAAGAGGUGGACCUACUUCUGUAAUUCAUGUAUUGGCAGAUGAAGCACAAAAAUGUCAAGCUGUUUUACAGUCUAUGUUACCACGCGAAUCAAAUUCAAAAGAAUUAGACAGUGGAUUGCUAUCUGUGAUAAGCUUUCCAGCAUUUGCUGUGGAUGAACCUAAUUUAAUUCAAUUAACAAGAGAUACUAUCACUAAGAAACUGCAAGGUCGUUAUGGAUGCAAAAGGUUUCUAAGAGAUGGAUAUAAAACAGCAAAGGAGGAUCUCAACAGGCUUUAUUAUGAACCAUGGGAGUUGCGUAUGUUUGAAAACAUAGAAUGCGAAUGGCCAUUAUUCUUUUGCUAUUUAAUUGUGGAUUAUUGCUUUCAAGGAAAUAUCGAAGCAGUAGCAGAAUACACAAAACAGUUAGAAGAAAUAAUGAUUAAAACCGAUGAUGGAAUGAAAUUAGUACCUGAGUUAUAUUCUGUGGAAGCUGCAAAUGUAUCAGCAGAGUAUGCUGAACCAGGUAGUCAAAAACGAGUUGCAUUAGGUAGAUGUCCAUUUAUGUGGGCUCAAUCUCUUUACAUAUUAGGAAAAUUACUACAAGAAGGUUUCCUGGCUGUCGGUGAAUUAGAUCCGUUGAAUAGACGUUUAUGCAGUGAAAAAAAACCAGAUGUCGUAGUACAGGUUGUGAUACUAGCAGAAGAUGCAGAAAUUCGGGAAAAAAUAGCUCAGCAUGAUAUCCAUGUACAAACAAUUGCAGAAGUUGCUCCUAUAGAAGUACAGCCUGCAAAAGUACUCAGUCAUUUGUAUACUUAUUUAGGUCGAAACAAAAAAUUAGGUCUGUCUGGGCGUAAAUCAAGAGAUGUAGGAAUUUUAAGCACCAGUAAAUUAUAUUCAUUGAACGAUAAAAUAUUUGCAUUCACUCCACAGAACUUUGACGCGGAGGAGUACUACACGACAAACGAUGCAGCCCUCCUUGCCAACAAUUUUAUCACCAAUAUGGCAUUCCUUACCAUCAACUGGAAGCAAAUGCUCGGCAGGCCAACUAUAACACUCGUUGCUACUCAUAAUCAUCUAGAUCAAGGAAAAAUACCAUUGGCAAUGAUAACUACUAUGAAAAAGCCGGACAAGUUAAAUCCUCAGGUUCAACAGUAUCUAGAGGAACAUCUGAUGCGUGCAUUUCCACAUCGUACUGGUCUUCUUAACAGACCAGUUAUUCGAACUGGAAAGAAUUUGAAACGCAAAAUGUCUGUUAAAGGUGCCAUAAAGAAAACAAGAUCAAUUGCUGUGGAACCUGAAAUUCUUGGAAUGGCAGGAGAGGAACGAAGACCUUCAACUAUUUCAAACACAAAUCCAUUUAUUGAAGUGACAGAUACAACAUUAUCUCCUACUUCUACGCAGUCACCUCCUGCUGACCGUACACCGUCUCCUACGGAUGAAAUUUUAUCUUGGACAAAUUGUACAAGGCUACACAGAAACAGAGCCAUAGGUGAAACUCAAUAUGCAGAUACAGAAGUUGAGGAGUUGUUAUCGAUGCUUAGGGAAACUGAAAGUUUAGAAGAACAAGGGGAUAUUUUACAGUAUCUUGUGGAUUCACAAGGCCUAUACUUUAAUACUGGCAUGUUAGAAGAGGGCCAUCCAGUCCUUAUCAAGGAUUUGUUAAAAGACCUUUACGAAAAAGCUUGUCAACAGAAAAUGUGGGGAAUUGUACGUCACACAGCUGGAAUGUUAGGAAAAAGGGUGGAAGAUUUAGCUAAAGCGGUCACUGAUUUGUUAGUUCGUCAAAAACAAGUUACAGUCGGAAUGCCACCUACUAAUGAACAUACUAUUGUUGCACCGUUGCCAGAAAAUGAAUUACGAGUAUUAAUUCAUCAAGCGUAUGGAGAUGACGAAUCUACGGCCAUGUUAACACAGGAAUUGCUUGUUUAUUUAGCAAUGUUUAUUAGAACAGAACCGCAACUGUUUCACGAAAUGCUCAGACUUAGAGUAGGUUUGAUUAUUCAAGUAAUGGCUACUGAAUUAUCGAGAACUUUAAUAUGCACUGGAGAGGAAGCAUCCGAACAUUUAUUGAAUUUAUCACCAUUCGAAAUGAAAAAUCUUUUACAUCAUAUUAUGAGUGGAAAAGAGUUUGCUAUCAGUAGUGUUGGUCGAGGUAAUUUCUCUGUUAUCAGCUGUAAAUCAAGCAGAGUUAGCAAGAAGUCACAAAUUGGAGGUUUCUUAAGUGCUGACCAAACUGACGGUAGUGAAUCAGAACCAGAUAGACAGGGUCAAUGGUUACGACGACGAAGAUUGGAUGGUGCACUAAAUAGGGUGCCACGGGAUUUUUAUCCCCGUGUAUGGCAAGUACUUGAACGGUGCCAGGGAUUAGCAAUCGAGGGUAGAGUUCUACCUCAAAACCUCACACAGGAAAUGACGCCUGGUGAACUAAAAUUUGCAUUGGCAGUAGAAACUGUUCUGAAUACCAUACCACAACCAGAAUAUCGUCAAUUAGUGGUUGAAGCUUUAAUGGUAUUAACUUUAGUAACUGAAUAUAAUGUGGUUUCUUCUCUGGGUGGAUUGAUCGCCGUUGAGCAAUUAGUUCAUAAAGCUAAUGCUAUCUUCUUAGAUGAUCAGAUGAAGAUUGAUGGAGAUGCGACCUUAUGCUGUGCUAAGCUAAAAGAGCACCGAGAAACAACCGCAAUGGGAAAUCUCCUUUGCGGUGGAGCAGCAUAUGUUUGUCAACAUUUUUAUGACAGUGCUCCAAGUGGUAGUUUUGGAACAAUGACGUACAUUACAAGAGCCAUAGCCUCGUCAUUGAACUGUUUACCCAAGGAUGGUGAAUUUGAAUGUUCAAUAUCAUAAUUAUUUAUUGUGCAGAGA